UUGAAGAAACAAAGUUCCAUGUUUAAUAUUAGUUGUUCUGUGUCGGGGCGUUUUGUGUUUUAUUUUUCUAUAUAAGCAAUUAAAAAAUGAUAAUGAGACGAGGAGUAAUGGAAAUGCAAAGCCCAAGCAAAUGGAAUCAGCGAGUUGUGAAAAGAAGUGUAUGGCACGCAAGCGCUCAUUGCGCUCAUAUUAGUUGCGUUUCGCUUGCGUAGUAGAGAGCACAGAGUAGGCGGAGCAGCAUGUUGGCAGUUGCUAUGACUACGAUGAUGACGGAAUGAUUGACCGGAGAACAUGGUUUGAAUGACGUGCAGGCAUACGCAAUACAAAGUACCGAUGUUUCAAUUUGGUGGAAGGAAAUGCAUUUCCAACGGAAACAUCAGACUUAUCUGAUAUGGGAUACAACAAAAUAUAAAUUAUAAUUCAUUGGCAUGGCAUACCCUGACAGAAUCACGCGAUCAAAAAAGCAAACCACUCGCGUUGAUGGCCCCCUAUCGUACCCCUUUCUCGAAAAAGUGCCAGCCUCCGUUCCCUUCAUUGCACUCGAAGCGAGAGCCACUAAUUUGUUGUACACGAGGUGUGAAGAAGUCUGCCCUGAUGAUGCACCGGUUCGUUUAUGCUCAAGCCGCCUCAUCAUCAUCAUCGCCAUCAUCAUCAACACCAUCCAGUUCAUCUUCGACCACUCCGUCCGCACAGCAUCAAAAGCAUGGCCGAAGUGCAUCCAGGAGGAAAAAGCCUUUAAUCAGCGAAUCACCAUCGGGAAGUGUUGCACACACGUUUGCUCGCUGCGCUGCACGGCUCGAGGUUGCCGCUUUUGUCUUUGGGCCCCGGCUGGCGACGUUCCGAUGGACCAGACAGGCAGGCAACGCACCACCCAGAAGCAGCACCCCGUUCCGCCGGCCAUUCCGGGGCUGGGGAUCCAUCCCUUCGACAGUGUGCUUUCAGCCGACCUUCAACACUUCUCCAUCAGAGCAACGAAGCGCGCGGUGCGAAGUGAGAAUGCAGAAGCUUUCGGCUGCUACCUGCAGUGGAAGAUUGGGUCGAAUCGGAUGCUGCAGUGUUCCGUGACAGAGCGUGCUGGCGGAGCAACGAGGGCAAAAAUCGAUAAUUUUCAAGAGUUCAAGUAGAUUCACCGGGAAGAUGCAACUGAGUGUCUGGUUGUUCCUGAGAAAGGAUAUCACUUAAGAACUAUUAUUGUAUUAUUUUUAUCGUUGGAUCCGGAAGGAUACAUAAAUUUAUUUAUUUUUAUCAAAGAAAACCAUGGAAUAAAUAAAUUAAAUAAAUAAUUUAUUGGAAAAUGCACGAUUAAAUAAUGAAUUUGCGUCGGAAAUGAACUGGAAUGGGUUCUCUACAAGCGAACUAUCUCAACAAAUCAAUCAUCAGAAAUUAUGUCUGUUGAUCGGUUUGCGAAGGCCGCGCAACCCAGUCUGUUGCGUUUCCCAGUACAAAUUUUCAGUUCACCUCAGGUGCCGACCAUUUCUUUGAUCUUGCCGCCCUUACCCUUUGGUAGAGCGACCCAAUCGAUUCCGCGAAAAUCGGUGGACAAUUUUCCUCCCUUGGCAACGAAGCUUCAGUAGUUCCAGCACUUGCGUAUGUAAAUUUAAGCCUGAAAGCCACUCCUCGUCGCAACUCACUUUGCCGACCAUAAGCGUAAGCUCGAUACUCGAAGCCGUGGUCGUGAAGUGACGAAGGAACCUUUUUUGUCUUUUCACCGACACUUACACUUAAUUAUCAUAUUAUCAUCCAAUUUAGCAUUCACACUGGGCACUGGAAAUCACAUAGUUCUGUGUGCUGUUUCUCCCGCGUUUGUCGGCCGGUUCCAGCUCCGUGUUUUGCGUUCGCUUAAUGUCCGACCGCUCUAAUAGCCGCUGAAAGGUCUCCCUCGAUCCGCACCCAAUGUCCCCAUGAUCUUUUCUUUUGCACUUCGGUUCGGUAGAUUACCUCUGAAGAAAAACAAAAAAGAGCGUCGAGAUAGAGCGAGGUGUGCGAGAUGAUGAUAUGGUUAGGUGUGAAGUCCGAAAGCCGUGGCAAAAAAUCACGCAACAUUUACAGUGAGAUCCCGAUUUUGGUACCAUGAAAGGGUUUGUGUGUGGAGAAACAGAGGUGAUGUGAUUUUCUUAUAGGGAUGUUGUGCCGCUUCUUCACAUCACAUAGCUUGUACAUUCUAUCAAUCAACAUAGAAAUAUGCUUUUUUCGCUUUUUGACUGUGUGAUCGUGACAUAGAAAAUGCAACAUUUUUUCAUGUACUGUAAAAUUUGCUUAUAUUCAAAAUUUAAGACAAACUUUGCCAAAAAUGGGAAAACCCUGUAAGUAUUUUGAUUUUUUCUGCUGAAUCUCGUUCCCUCAAGACGUGGCUGUCCCUUCAUCGCUCAGUCGGUCGUUCGAUGAGACGUGAUAAGUAUCCCCGGAGGGUAGCACAGCGCUCAUCGUCAUCACCAUUGCCGUUCCCGGAAUGAAGUCUUCGAUCUUCCGAGUUGGGCCGUUCUCUCGAAUUUGCUCAACUUGGGUUCACGUUGCAGUUCACCUUGCAAGGAUAAACCCCGUUCUCUCCUGUUCGCGCUAAUUGCACCUUCUAUUAAUGCUGCUUAAUAUCUUUUUAAUAGAUGGAUUCUCGCCAUUCCGUGUCGGUUCUGUCCGAAGGGGAUGAUCCCGGGGGCGAUUUCAUUCAUGUUUUUUCUCUUUAUCCCUGUAUGAUUCCCUCCAUAGUCCUCGAACCAGCAACUCAUCGUUUCAGAACUGUUUUCAAUUUCACACGAUCAUAAAUAAAUUAAGAGGAACCUGUGCGCUCGAAAAGGCCUCUCCCCUCCCGGAUACUCCGGUCUUGCCACCAAACCCAGCGAGAUCCGAGAAGAUUCAUGUCCAGAAAGUUGACCAUGCAACAUAUCAUCAUCUUCGUCAUCAUCGUCAUCACCGUCGUCGUCCUGCGGAACUGUUUCGCCCUUGCAUGGAGCACCAGUACGCGAUCCGGAGUCUGCAGCCAGCAGCCAACAGCAAGACCGAAACCCAUCGGAGUAGAACGGACAAGAAAGAGAGCAGCCAGCAUCAUCAUUUGGAGAGCAGCAUUCGGCGAGGUGUUGUUGAAGCGCGUUUUCAUCAAAAGCCAGUCCGCCGCCCUGUAAUUUGCGCCGGUGCCGCGCGUGAUGAUAUUAGCCAAAGGGUCCAGCCUCUCUUUUUCAUCGGCCACGCACACACGGGGUAACAACACGAAACGGAACGGACUCGGCCGGACCGGCACAAUCGCCGGUAUAAGAGCGUCGUCGUCGUCGUCAUCGUUGGGAGCGCGAUAUGGUGAGGAAUUCCGCUUUUGCUCUGUGAAUGAAAACUUGCAUGUUUGCAACCAGCAGCAGCUCAUGGUAAGAUCUGGUUCGUAUUUGAGUGUGGGGAGGUAUUUUGGAUGAAUUAUUCAGUUUUGAAUAUGUUGGCACUGUAGUUUUCUACCCAUUCCAAGAGACCUCGACUGUCCUCACAUAGAGCGGUGGAACGGUGCAGUGGGAGCAAUUCUAGACCAACAUUUGAAAAGGGCGUAACAGUAUUCGAUUCCUUAUCUACAUACAUAGCCAUGCAGACAUUGACGAAGAACUGUAAAGAUUAAAUUUUGGCUGUUACGCCCCUUUUUAAUGUUGGUAUAGAGUAUAGGGUUCUAGGCUAAUGUUUCUACUGCCGUUCUACGCAUAAUUGUCCCAUGUUACCUUUGAUGAAAAAAUCCAAACUCGAGUCAAUUUGUCCCACUAAUUUCAAAAUCGAUUGGAUCUGAAAAUUUUACCAAUGUUUUUUAAAUGUUUUCAGCGUAGGCUACACUUUUCCAGAAGAUAAAACAGAUCACUAUUUAUGUAAACGGUUUUUAGGCUCCAUUAUCAUCAAAUGACUAUUUCAUUUUUUCAGUGGGACAAAUCGACACGAGUUUGGAUUUUUUCAUCAAAGGUAACAUGGGACAAUUAUGCGUAGAAGGGCAGUCUAGGUCUGACCAGCUUUUUUUACAUAAAACAGGACACUCAGAGAAAUAUCUUAUUUUUCCUUCCGUGCAUUGGAAAGAUAACCAAGAAAUGAAUAUAAUUAUACUGACAAAGCAAAUAUUCAUAUCAUUUGAUCCAAAUGCAACUAUGUCAAAUGUUGAUUUUGGUUUUAAAAGUUGUUUCUGCACGUUAACUGUUUUAGAAAUAGGGGUACGAAUGAUAUUUCCGACAGGGUUGAAUUCCCGGCAUAGGUUCGAAACCCAUACCAGCCGAUACCCUAUUUUGCUACCAAAGUUUAAAAAAAGUAUGAAAAACAUAAGACAAAGCAACAAUCCAACAUUUUUUCAGUUGAAUUUUUGAUGUUUUGAAUUUUACUUUCGUUUUACUUUAUACUAUAUUGCUCUCGAACUUCGUCUUGCCCAAAA